AUGCUUCUACUUGGGCUGCUGUGCAUUUGUCAGUCAGCUUGUUUGUGGCACACUGCAGCUGCAUGGCAGCAGGAGGCCAAAUCUCCGGGCAGAUUUCGAAAUGGAUACAAGAGGCGGAUUGAGGCAUCCAACUACUCGUAUGCUGAUUACAGAGCAGCAGAGCAACUCGGUGCAGACAACAAUCAAUUGCGGGUGGUGGCGGAGCUGCUGGCCACCCAAGGACCCGCAGUGCAAGUAAAAGUGACAAAUGAAGUGGAAAGUGCCGUGAUGAGGGCGAAAGCAGCAGCCGAAAGACUGCAGCCAAAUGCAAAUGAAAAGAGCAAGGCCAGCCAUGCAGGCAUGCAAAUCGUAAGGACAUCUAACCAGGACAUCAGCAGCAUGAACUUAAUGACACCCGCUGUGUUGCCAAUAUCGGAAAGACAUAAUUUCACCAACAACAACAACAGCAACAACAACUCAACUGGCCCAAUGGCCGGUGAUGAGCAACUAUUACGAUUGCAGGACUACAAUUUACUAUACAAUGCCGAGCGACAGACCUACUUUCAGCUGCAUUCGAACAGUGGGCGUGGCCCGAGCGGACCAUCCAAUGGUAAUCGCCUGCUGCAGCAGUACGUUGGCAACAAGCUGAGCGCUGCCUUCGGCCUGAAUGUCAACGACGCCAAGGAGUCAAUCAUGCAGCUGACCACGCAAACGGUGAGGCUCUACGAUGCCGCCUCGCUGCGGCAAUCACACUUCAAUCCCUUCCAGCCCACGCGAAUCAUAAUCCAUGGCUGGCUGGGCAAUGCCCAUGCCAAUGUCUACAGCUAUCUGGUGCCGGCUUACCUGAAGCUCAGCGAUGGCAGCUACAAUAUUUUCACUGUCGACUGGGGACGUGGUGCCAUCGCUGAUUAUAUAACGGCCAGCUAUAGGGUGAAGCCCGUGGGUCAGGUGCUGGCCAAGUUUCUGGACUUUCUGCACGUGGAGGCGGGCAUGCAGUUUGAGGAUCUCCAGCUGAUUGGCUUCAGCAUGGGCGCCCAUAUCGCCGGGCUGGCCGCCAAGCACGUGCAGACCGGUCAGGUGCGUGUGAUACGCGCCCUGGAUCCGGCCCUGCCCUUCUUUCGCUACGCCCAGGAGAAGGAGCGCCUCAGCCGCAACGAUGCCAGCUACGUUGAGGUGCUGCACACGAGCGUGGGCAGCUAUGGAUUCGAUCGUCCGCUGGGCCACGUCGACUUCUACGCCAACUGGGGUAGCCAGCAGCCGGGCUGCUUCUGGCACGAGUGCAGCCACUGGCGUGCCUUUGCGCUCUUCAAGGAGAGCCUGGAGGGGACGGCUUUCGAGGCCAGGGGCUGUCAGCCAGGCGAAUGGCAGCAGUUGACGCGCCAUAAACGCUGCCCCCAGCCAACGGGCAGCCGGCUCCACAUGGGCGGAGAUUUGGGCACACUAUCCAUGGAGCAGCUGGCGCAGCGCGAGGGAGUUUAUUAUUUCGAGACCCAGGCGAGACCGCCCUAUGAUAUGGGGCCAGCGACAUAGAGGCAGCUGAGCAUUCAAUGUGCCAUGCGGCAUGCGGCAUGU